CGAUUCUAGAUUUGUCUUCAUAUGCUGUUGUGACAGUGGCGUUAAAUAGCACAGAGCUUGUGUUAGUAGUAGUUAACCCUUUGAGGACUGUAAUUCAUUGCACAGUGGGCACACAGGGUAUUAGGGGUUAAUGUAAGUAUUGCCGCUUAGCAAGUAUUAAAAAAAGUUUUUGAUGGUCCUUUAUUGCAAAAUGAAUUUCUCAUUUCGAACAAAAUAUAUAUGUGACAGUUGUUUUGCCGAAAUUGAAAGAAAAUGCUUGAAGAAGUUUAAGAUGGAAGAGAACUGAGCAAUUUUUAGGCUUUGUGUUUUAGUGAUGUGAUGUUGGAAAUAUGAUGAAUUAUUAAUUGUUUGAAAAGAUAUAUCUGUAACCAAAUGAUGAUAAAAUUUGGCUCAUUAUCAAAGAAAUUAAUGCAAGUCGGCUUGCCUAUCUAGGAACUGAAAGGGUUGUUAGACUAUUGGCUGUGUUUGGUCGUUAUUGCUGCAAUAGAGAGACUUGUCAGUGUUUUAACCCAUAUAUAUUUAUUUUCUAUACCUUGUCCUGAGUGUGCAUGGUUUUUUUCUUCAAAUUUUCAAAUAGUUUAACAUCAUCAAUCAACAGUGUUGUGUUUUCAAUACUUCACAUUUAAUUGUUGUUUGUUGAUUUUUUCUCAUAAAUGUGUGAGUCUGUCAUCCAUAUAUAAUGUAUGGUUCACCUUCAACUUGUUGUCUUCAAGGGGAGUUAACUCUAGCAUUGUCUGUCACAUUCACCCAACCCUAACACACAAUGUAGAACUUUGAUUUCUUUGACAACGAUUUUGCUUUUUGUGUUCAUUCUGUUAUGUUCAUCAAAACAAGUGAUCAUUUAGCAUUGGUUUGUUUGAGAGAAUCUUGAAUAGCAUCUGGAAACUGAAAACCUGAAAAACUGAUAGUUCUUGUAUUCCUUCAGGAUUUCCUAAAUGUUUAACUUGGCCAUUAUCCAAUACUUGUAAAAUGAGGAUUGGAUGAUCAAAAUGUGUAUUCUUUUUGGACUUUUGAUGAAAAUAUUUUGCUGCUCUUUACAGCUUUUUCCACAAUCCUGUAAUUAUGGGUUUGAAUCACAGAUUCUCCCUUAUUUUCUCAAAUCUUUCUUCUUGCGCCAAUUAGGGCUUUCCUCACACAUUAAGCUGAUAUGCUGGGAUUUAACCAAAUACUCAUUAAAGCAGCUUUGAACUCUUUCACUUACAUUUAAGGAGCUCUGAUCUUAUUGAGUAUGUGCAAACCCUGACUGCAGACGAGGUCUCCAAGUCUCAGCAUCCGGUUUGCCUGCUCCAACCUUGAUAAAGUUCAGCAUUAUUGCUUAUCACAGCUUAAAGUCACUUUCAGCCACUAAAUAUUUAACACAUGCCUAUGGUAGUGCUCUCUCAAGGAUCCUCUUGGUAACUUACAGCAACAACAGAUAUGUUUGUGAAGCUGUAUGAUGAGGGAUUUGAGAAAGAAAAUGCAGUAACACAACGCUUACAUAAUGUAACAGCUUAAUCACACAGUUGCUUUUUUAAUGACUUUGUGGAUUUGUUGAAAUUGUGGAUAAACAAUUCUGUAAACAUCCGUAAUUGAUUAGAUCAUAUUUCUAAUAAAAUGUUUCAAUUUAUUAAGGCAUUGAAAACAUUUUCCCAAACGAUUAUGUUUAUUGAAAAAAAUAUUCAAUAAUUAAUGUUCAAUUUUCUGAAAUGUCAGAUACCAUUGCUAACACAUAUAUUGCGUACCAUUUUGAAACCCGUGGAGUAGAAUUAUGUGAUUGUGUUCUGCGAAUACAUGUGUUUCCCUUCAUUUUAGGUGCCACCAUAACAGUGUGCUGCUGUUGUUUCAACAUGCGGUGUCCCGUUAUUCAAUUUGUUUGUAAUAUUUUGUUCACAGCUUUGCUGAGAAAAGUUUCAUUUGCCACACCCCCCGCCCAGCGAGUCCAGUACAUCCUCGGGGAGGAGGAAGAGGAUGAAGAACAUCGUGCCCAUGAUCUCUUCUGCGAGAUGGCCGAACUAUUUUUCCAUGGCGAUGAGAUGGAGUGGAAGGAAACUGCCAGAUGGGUGAAGUUUGAGGAGGAUGUUGAGGAGGGAGGAGAGAGAUGGUCUAAGCCUCACGUGGCCACGCUGUCUCUACACUCGCUGUUCGAACUGCGAUGCUGUAUUAUGACAGGCACAAUCAUACUGGAUAUGGAUGCUGUCAACAUCGACCAGGUCACAGAUAUAAUUCUGGACAAUAUGAUUGCAUCAAAACAACUAGAGGAAACACUAAAGGACCAGGUACGUGAUGUCAUCCUUUGCCGACAUCAUCAUCAGAACGAGAAACGUCAUCGCCGUGAUGACAACUCUAGCAGCAAAAUCCACCUGCCAAUCAUCCGUUCCCUGGCCGACAUUGGAAAAAAGUAUUCCGAGCCUAAAGGACUUGCUCAUCAGGGAGGUGAGCCACUUAAUGGAGAUCAACGAAACCCAGUUGAUGACCGUAUUGGAGCCAAAAGUACACCCAACAUGUUACGUGUGGCAAGCAAUGCAAGUGGCGGGGAGACAACUGAGGGUGGCAACAAUCUCCCGUCCAACAACUCGUUUGUUCACUCCCACCAUGCAGACAUCCCGGAGAAUGCAUCUCACAAGGCUGGGACAAAUUCUGUGGACAAAACACACAUGAAUCUGCACUUCAUGAAGAAGAUCCCCCCUGGGGCUGAGGCCUCCAACAUCCUUGUAGGGGAGGUGGACUUCCUCAAUCACCAGAUUGUCGGCUUCGUCCGCCUCUCAAAGGCAGUCCUACUGGGAGACCUCACUGAGGUGCCAGUGCCCACGAGAUUCCUGUUUGUGCUUCUUGGGCCAACCGGAAACCAGAACAAGUUUCACGAGCUUGGGCGGUCUAUUGCAACUCUUAUGUCUGAUGAGAUCUUUCAUGACGUUGCCUACCAUGCCAGAAAUAGGGAAGAUCUGCUUGCUGGCAUAGACGAGUUCUUGGACCAGGUGACAGUGCUUCCCCCUGGCGAGUGGGAUCCAAGUAUCCGUAUUGAGCCCCCAACCAACGUCCCGUCCCAGGAAGGCAGGAAGACGGCAUCAGCAGGCCCUCCGCAGCCCAAUGGUAAGGUGAUCAUUGAAGAGGAGGCUGAUGAACACAACGACCCAACACUGCAGAGAACUGGCAGGAUAUUUGGUGGACUGUUAGACGACAUCAGGCGGAAGUUACCAUAUUGGUCGAGUGACUUCCGUGACGCACUGAGUGUACAGUGUAUAGCAUCCUUCAUUUUCCUCUACUUUGCCUGUUUGACACCAAUCAUCACUUUCGGUGGAUUGCUCGGCGACGCCACAGACAACAACAUGGCAGCCCUUGAAAGUAUCCUGGCCGGUGCUAUUUGUGGCAUUGUGUACUCGCUGUUUGCUGGGCAACCCCUCACCAUCCUGGGCAGUACAGGACCUGUGCUAGUGUUUGAGACCAUUCUCAACCACUUCUGUCAUGAGAACGACCUGGACUACCUCCAGCUGCGACUGUGGAUUGGUUUGUGGACUGGGGUCAUCCUCAUAAUUAUGGUGGCCUUCGAUCUCAGCGCCCUGGUCCGAUAUAUCACUCGCUUCACAGAGGAGAGCUUUGCUGCCCUCAUUUCUCUUAUCUUCAUCAUAGAGGCUUUCAAGAAGCUGUUUCAUAUCCUGGACCAUGACCCUGUCAACCUCCGUCCAGAUGAGCCCCUGAUCUAUACGUGUUACUGUGUCCCCGAGAAUGCUACGGUCAACUCCACCAUUGCCUGGUGGUUUAACCGCACCACGCCCACAGUGUACCUGGACGUGAACCAAACUAUGUUGUUAAACUGGGACACUCUGACCAAAGACAACUGCUCUAACUACAAUGGAACCAUGCAGGGCCCAGGAUGUGACACUCCACAUUUCGUUGCUGACGUCUUCUUAUUCUCUUUUCUUCUCUUUCUGGGGACCUUCACGAUUGCAAUGGUGCUGAAGAUGUCCCGCAACAGCUCAUUCUUCCCCACAAUGGUGCGGUCUGUGGUAAGUGACUUCGCUGUCCUCAUCGCCAUCGUCGCCAUGCUUGUCGUUGACAUCGCAGUCGGUCUCAACACUCCAAAACUCGAUGUGCCAGAAACCUUUGCUCCAACGAAUCCCAACAGGAACUGGGUGGUGUCGCCUAUUGGUCGCAACCCCUGGUGGACAGCCAUAGCAGCAGUCAUCCCCGCCCUCCUCGCCACCAUCCUCAUCUUCAUGGACCAGCAGAUCACUGCUGUCAUCGUCAACAGGAAGGAGAACAAGUUGGUGAAAGGUCACGGCUACCAUCUUGACCUGCUGCUUGUGGCUUGUCUGAUUAUUGUAAACUCCUUCAUGGGUUUGCCCUGGUUCGUAGCCGCCACCGUGCUGUCCAUCAACCAUGUCAACAGUUUGAAGAAGGAGUCCCAGUGUUCAGCCCCAGGGGAGAAGCCCAAGUUCCUGGGGGUCAGGGAGCAGCGAGUCACAGGCGUGAUGAUCUUCUUGAUGAUCGGCCUCUCAGUGCUUCUCACAUCCAUCCUCAAGUAUAUCCCCAUGGCGGUUCUGUACGGAGUGUUCCUUUACAUGGGCGUGUCCUCUCUGCGGGGCAUGGAGCUGGUGGACCGCGUGAUGAUCCUCUUCAUGCCGGCCAAGUACCAGACCGACCUCAUGUACCUGCGACAUGUGCGCAUCGGAAGGGUUCACUUGUUUACAGCAAUUCAGAUUCUCUGCCUGUCUAUUCUGUGGGUCAUCAAGACUAUCAAGAAAAUAUCCAUUGCCUUUCCUAUAAUGGUGCUGGCGAUGUGUUUUGUGAGGAAGGGCAUGGACUACCUCUUCACCCAGCGGGAACUCAAGUGGCUGGAUGACAUCAUGCCUGAGUCCCACAAGCGGGCACAGGAAGACGAGGAGAAACAGAAAAACGAGGAGAGAUUAAGCAUUGUGGAUGGGAUGGACGGCGGCAUGACAGGAAACAAUUUCACCAUGGCAAUAUCCGCGGAUCCUCACCUGGACUCCGUGAACAUCUCGGAGGAGAUGGCCAAGACUGCCCUGUGGAAGACCAUUGUGGCCAACGACUCCUCCUCUAACCUCAUCUCCGACAUGGAGCACCGAUCCAGCUCUAAGAAGUAUGUGAAGAAGAAGAAGCAUGGCAAGAAGAAGCACAGUGAGAAAGACCCCGAGUCACUUCCCACCAUCCCUGGCAGCCCACAAGCUGUGUCAGAAGAAGAUGAAGAAGAAGAGGAACACAUAAGAUCACCAACCAAGAAGAAGGGUCACCCAGUUAAAUUUUACAUCGAUGACGAUGGCCCUGAAGAGAAAGAAUCUCUAAUUAAGCCCCCACAAAUUGUUGUGGACCCUCCAAGUGACAUUGGGAAUAUGAGUUCUCCUGAUAAUGAGGAUACUAAAGUGUAAAUAUGUUUUUCUUUAGGAACUAUCGACUUGUUUUGUAUAUAGUAGAACUAACCCAAAUUUUGGAAUGUGUGGAAGGGUGAUACCUGAUAAUCAAAGGGGGUUAACUCCAAUAGUUAAUCUGAAGAUGUUAAUGAGACUGUGCAUCAGUGGUGUGAAUGUAACACGUGAGUGCUGUCAAGUUCAAGGAAUUCAUAAUGCCUCCAUGUAAUAUUCGAAUGUCAAGGUCAUGGCUCGACCUACUUAUGGUAAUGGACUGCUGAUAGAGAAUUGUGAGUGAUAACAUAUCAGAGAAUGUUUCGUCAAAAUGCAAGUGGGGGACUAAAGAAGCCCUGAUAUGUAUAACAUGAAUUUAUCAAUAGGUUUUUGUUUGUUUCAAAACAUUGUGUUGAUUGUCACUUUUAGUUAAGACUAUUUAUUACCUGUUGGGUGCUACAAGAGUUUUCUAAGGGUACGUCUGAUCCGAGACGAAUACAAGGUUUGAAGUCCAGAUGAAAUCUGAUUAUGAUCCCUGGACUCUCCGCACCAUGCUCACAAGUUUCACCCAAAGUAGUAGACAUCUAUAACCUGUGUCAUGUUUCAUUUUCGUCUCAUAUUAAUUAAGCUGACACCGUGAAAUACUAUCCAAUUUGGUGUCAAGCCCAAACGUGCAUAUUCAAUCGAAACUCUUUCGGGUUUCAAAUCAGUGCUACAUCCAUCAGUGUUUCCAGUCAUCCAGACAGACAAUGAUAUAAACGUUGGCAGUCAGAGAUAUUUUGAGAAUCAAGUUGCAAGUGUUAAAGGCUUGUAACCAAAUGGAAGCUGUGGAGAGUACAGUGCUAUUUUCUUCAUUAAGCCUUGCUGUCAAAGCCUUAGAUAUAGUUUCGGGCUUUGAUGUGAAAUUACCCAGUACUUUCUUGCUCAACCUGUUAAGGAUAUGAUCCAUAUUCAUGAGACUUACAGCACCGAUUUCUAUCAAACUUUGUGACAAUAUUUUGAAACAAACUUGAACAAUUAGUGGAAUGUUGUAUGUUGACAAAUGUGUAUUAUUCCUGGUUUUAUUUCCAUGAAUUGCAACGUUCAUGUGGUUGUUAGUUUAUGAACCUGCUGUAAAUCUGCAUAUGCCAUAAAAAAAAUUAUUUUAUCUAUAGAUCAUGUUUUAUGUGCAUUUUUCAGACUUUUGUGUUUCUUUUUUAAUUUGAUCCCCUGAUUUCAUGACAAGAACUGACUUUGUAAGUGAAAGGAGGCAUUGCAGCUCACAUCCUGUUUGGCUACUCCAGCUGUUUUAAUGUUUCAAGAAUUAGUCUGUUAAUAUUUUACACUUUUAUGCUUUUAUCUACACUGGUUUUAUGAUAGUUUUAGAUCAAUCUCAUUAAAAUCAGAUCUUUACCACCUUGAUUUAGAAAUUUUGAUCUUAGCAACAGAGAACUGCCACAGAAGACAAGUAUACCCUAUAUAGUACUCCCUUUUGAGUGUAUGAUGCCAUGGCUCUCCGAAGUGACAGGAUGUAUCUGAUUUUAAUGAGAUUGUUUUUAGAAAGAUUAAGAGCAGCUUCAUAUUUCUUGAUCAUUGAUUCAUGUUACAUUUGCUAAAACAUUAUGUCCACAGAGCAUGUUAUUUUCAUAUUGAGGUAACAAAGAGUGAUGACAAUGUUAUGCAUAAUUUUUAAAGUAUCAUUUAUCAUAAUACAAGUCAUAUAUCAAUAUUUUCUGUAAGGGCACGAUCUGAUCUUGUCAAGAAGUAUGGAAUAUUGAGAUUAGUCAAAAUUCUAUCUGUACAAAUAUUUCCUAGUACAAGAGUUCCCAAUUAAGACAGCUUGUCAUUGGAAAUGAGAAGUUAAACAAAAAGUGACCACUUGGGUUUGUUUUUUUUUAUUGUGGAACUCUGGGUGGUAUGUUUAAAUUUAAUUAUCAUUUUUAAGAAUUAAGAAAAUUAUUUUCUUUUGGGAUAUAAUCAUACGAAGUGUUAUCCUGGGGUAGCUAUGAGCCCUCUUUAGGGCUGUUUAACGAGGGAGGGUAAUUUGUGGCCAAGUAUUGAAAUAACGCAGUUAUCAGUUGGUUGUGGUGUUAUGAACAUGUCUGGAUACUGGCUAUUCAAUAUCUGAGGGGCUGCCUCCAUGGCCUGGUGUAUAGAGCAUUGGGAAGUCAGUGGUUUGAUCCCCAGUACACAGCAUUGUGGCUGUACAUGGUUGGAACAUCGCAGCUGUUGUUCAGUUAUCCUUCCUUGCGGACUUGACAUAAUGGAGAGUUUAUAGCACAUUAGGAGAAAGUGUUGAAUAAAACAUUAUUUUUGCAGAUUUUGUAUAAAAAGACAAUCCAGUUAGCUUUAUGUUUGCUUGUUUUUACCAAUGCGACAACAAGCAGGACAGGUCUGCUACAUGUUUUAUCUCUUGUUUCUUGUGCAAUGUUUGUGCAGUGUCUUCAUCGGCAGUUUAAUCCAAACAUACUGCAUCUGUCCACAGGUUGAGCAUUUUUUCUGUUGUCAUUACUCCUUGCGUUUAUUUUAUCCUUUUAUACCUUGACACAGAAUGUGAGUUGGUUGUGAGUGGAUGCUGAUCGUCGUCUUAGUCGAUCUGUCUGUCAACAUUUCUCUCUGGAAUUAAUUAAUCCAAUAUUACUUUAGGACAUUUUGUUGUUUUUUAAAUGUUUUUGGCAUGGAAUCAAUCAUGUGGUGUAAUCUCAAAACAGAUCCAUAUUUGUUUCAUGAGAGUCGGCAGGACCAGUGGGGAUGUGAUGACUUUUUUUAUAUUAGCUAUUUAGACAAUCGGACUCGUGAAUAUUAUUUUGGAUAUUAUUUUGUUUUGAAGCUUAACAUUGAAAUCCAUUUUUGAUUGUUUCAAUCAUCCUUUAUGUAGGGAUUGUAAUAUUUGGUGGUUUUCAUUGUAAUGUUCAAUAUUUUGGACUCGCAUUAGCACUUCACCUAUUCUAAUAUUGGCCAUGAUAUGUUUAUUUCACAAUGCCUGAUGUUAUGUUUUACAUGACAGCUUAGCUCUCUGUUCAAACUAGUGUCUGUGUAUGAUGGUUUUAGGGUGAAUUGUCACUUCGUUGAUUCUCUAGUAUGUAUGUUAUUUUCAUAAUUAUGUAAUUCUCCUUUGCUCUGACAAUUUAAAUAGUUAUGUUUGACAUCAACUUAUUCAUUAGUCUGUCUCAGUUGCCAAUAUUAUUUUUCAAUUGGGGAGGGGGGGGGGAUGUUCAAGCUAGUCUUUAGUUAAGCAUUAUAGACCAUCUUAUAGAGAUAGUGUUCAUCAGGAAUAUAAGUUUUGAUAUUAGGAAAAAUUAGUUGUAUAUUUGUGAGCUGUACCUACGUUGAAACCUACUGUUUCAUUGCAAUCAGAAUGUGCUGUGGAAAGACUGACUUGCAAGAAACAUGAUGGGGUUGAGCGAUUAUAUUCGUUAUGCUGUACAAAUGCUUGGUAGAACAGAUUGUGUUGUGAAAUGUAUUAUCCUCCAGUAAAACAGGCACAAUGUUUCUUUCGAAGUUGCAAAAUAUGAGAUAUGGUGAUCACAAGUGAUAACAGGUAGAUAACAACCAUGAUAGAUAAUAACUAUGGGGUGCCAAUUUUUCUUUUUCUCAGCCUGAACCAAAACAGAUGAGGAACUGAGUAUGGAGAUGCUGGCUGACGAAGCUGGAGGAAGCAGCCAUAUAUGCAAUUGCUGUACAUCUGAAAUGAUAUGACUUGUAUAACAGUGCUUAUUAAUGUAUGGUGGUUUUGUAAUCGCUACAUUGUAAAGUGUCCACAUAAUAUGUUGUUCAUCACACAGUCAAUCAUUGGCCUUUCUUUUUCUCUUAUAUAGCAAUGAUUUUGAUAGUGAUAUUUGUUUUAGUUUAAAGAGAAAUAGCAGCUGAAAAUCCUAAAUUUAUUUACUAUUUUCUUUCUCCAGUUUUAGACAUCCAGUAGGCAGCAUAUGUGAUUGCCCACUUGAUGAGUGAAGUACUCCAGCUCACCCCUUCCAGGGGAGGUUUAAAAAGACACUUGAGUGGGUUAGUGAUCUGAAAUGAAUCCGCAAUGACGGGGCCAUGAAUCAGCUGAUCGAAAUUCCCUUGUCUAGCUACCUCGAUUGAGUUUGUUUGUUUUCAAAUUUUGACGGCAGCAAAAUAAAUUCAAAUUUCUACGCCAUGAUGUUCAUAUUCACAGACAAAGAAAUUUGAUUUUGAUUUUCCUGUGAUAAAUGGCCUGGGGGUCAAGUCACUGCAUUAUUCAUGUGACUGGUCCCACUUUUGACAUUGUACAUAUAUGCCAUGAAUGUUGAAUGUUAUGAAGGGGGUAUGCAUUUAUUAGUCUUUUGUCAUGAGAGAAUAGUGCUGUUUGAUUCUUGUUAUGUGUGUCAUAUCACUUAGUUUUCAUUUAUUGAUUUUGUGCAUAAUUUUAUGGUAAACUUGAUCAGUGGAUACAUACUACUCAAGAGAAGUUAAAGAAGACCUGAUCCUUUCAUUUUACUGUAGUUAGGGUGUUUUUUAGCUUCUCUUCUUUUGAGUUGUAUAGUAUUCUGUGAGACCACUCUGCUUUUAUCUUGUCAACAUUUCAUAUUCUAUGAACCAAGACAUGCCUGGCCUUUUGAUAUUAUAAAAGUCCAUCACAGGUGUUUUUGCCAUUGAACUAUUUCUGACUGAAACAAAUAAGGUUUUAACAAAAAGUUUGGCCUCCUGGGGAACAUUCAGUGUAUUUUAUCUAGAUUCUGUCAUCACCAUUUGUUCCAGCAGCUGUCCGAACAAACUGUUCGUGAAGUUACUGUUGAGAGAGAUGCACAAAGCUAUGGAAGUGAGCGGUCAAGUCAUAAUAGCACGUAGAAUACACUGGAUAAUCAAGGAUGAAUUAGUAACACAAUUGAGGAAGUCAUUAAAGGUCUAUAUUCAUAUCUACAACUUGGUACUGGAAGUUUAAUCCCUGGUGGAUUUUUUGUAUUAUGAAAUUUAUUGAUUUCAGCUAUUUUAGUAUUAUGUGAUAUUUAUUUUAAUUUUGUCAAAUAAACUUCAGGAAACAACAUUGCUGCCAAAUGAUUAUUCAAAAUCUUUCCACACGAAGCUCUCAUAAAAUGAUGAGAAGAUUCAGAACUAUACUCCUGGUGAGUUGCUGCAACUGUCCAACCACUAGUCUGUGUGCCGUAAUGUGAUAUAUAUUAUGUAUGAUCAAGUUUAUCAAUAAAAACCUCUAGUACA